AUGGCUGCACUGGACAAACUGGUUGAUGAGCAAUUCGAGAGAGCUGUAGACGUGUCUGCCACAGUUCACGUAGACUUCACCACUCGGCUGAUGGAGCUCUUCAAGAGAAGGGGAGAAAUCGAGGCGGAGAUCAUUAGUGGUUCAGAGGCUUUGGAGCGGGCUUAUUAUGCUGCGAACAGCGAGCUAAGGGAGGUAUUGAAGGGGAAGCUGGAGGACAUCAACAAUGGGCUGAAGGAGCCGGAGGCCAUUCAACCUGACAACGUCCAGUCUUGA